AAAUAAAUAAAUAUAUAUAAAUUGAUGUAUAGAAUAGAAAUUGACAAAGUUUAUAGCUCUACUUUGCAUCGGCUAUUAAUGCCUAUGCACGCAGACUGAAAUCCAUUGGCACCAUUCAACAUCAUAAACUCCGUGAUAUGGAUGAGUUUCCAGAAACAGCCAAAAUGACGGUCUAUUAAUCUGAAUUUUAAAUUUAAUUGUACACAGAAUGCAGACAGAGAAAAAGACCACUGACACAGACACACUUUUUUUUUUUUCUUUAAUAAAAAUAUCUUUUUGAUUGAGUGUCCCUUCCCUUCAUUUUGUUAAUUCUCUUUAUUACAUUUGGACACUCUUUCAAUUAGAUAAUACAUUCAUUCAUUUUUUCUUUUCAGUCAUUCAACCCAUGUAUUCUCAUAUUAAUGACCAGCUUUCUAUUCAAGAUAUUGAAUAUGAAAGUGCUUAUUUUAAUGACUAUGACCAAGAAAUGGUCGAAGCAGUAAACAAAACAGAUUAUAAUGAUCAACAAAAAGAACAAGAAGAUCAAGAACAAGAUGAUGAAUAUAUCAUUGAUGAACGUCUUUUAAAGCUUAUUGUUGAUGUUCAAUCUUACCUUUCAGAAGCACCAGCAGCUGAUUCUCCUUUAUUGGCAUUACAAUACAAGAUGUAUACCUAUCUUAAGCAACGUGCAAUGGAAGUAAGAAUGGAAAAUAAUCAAGACUUUGCUACAUUUUAACGAUUAAUUUAAUGAUUCUCUUUCACACAAAUAUGCUUCAUAAGAACAACAACAAAAAAAAAGUAUAAAACAUAUUAAACACUAAAAAUAAACUUUUGCUUUUAUAAAAGAAGACAAGGGUCAUUGGUGAUUAUUAUUAUUACUCUUGAAUUUGUUGAUAGCGGCUUUAA